GCACAGGCGGACGGGUCUGAGCUGAUAUUUAAUUCACGAUCCCUUCGGAUCACAGCUACAUUCAACGACAACAAAAAACACAGCAAAAUUGCAAGAAACUCGCUGGGCAAUUCAUUCUUCCGGCCGAUUGGAAAGAGACCACGUUUGGUGGCUGGUUGGUUGGUGUGUUGGUGAUCGCAGCUACAAGUCCUCUUCAUUCUCGGAUCUGAUCAGUGAAAUUCCUCCCUGGGCUCCUCUGCUCUCCACAUCUCCUGGUGAGGGAUGCCUCUUCACUGCUAGACUUCACUGGAUCCCGAGACAGUCAAUGGAAGUUUGUGCAGGAACUGAAUGAGGCUCCUGAUCCUUCAGUAGCUGCCUCUACUGACAGUGAAAUGGCUGGGAGAAUAGAUGAGUAUUGGCCCAUCCCAAUGAGAGCGAUUGGGGCUCAGAAUCUGCUGACCAUGCCAGGAGGAGUGGCAGUAUCUGGAUACCUGCAUAAAAAAGGGGGCUCCCAGUGGAAGAUAAUGAAGUGGCCGUUGCGAUUUGUCAUUAUUCACAAAGCUUGCAUUUACUACUUCAAAACCAGCACCUCACCGUUUCCGCAGGGAGCUUUCUCCCUGAAUGGAUACAACAGGGUGAUGAGAGCAACGGAGGAAACGACUUCCAGCAACGUGUUUCCCUUCAAGAUCAUUCAUUUCAAUAGGAAACACCGAACUUGGUUCUUCUCAGCAUCCUGUGAAGAGGAGAGGAAGAUGUGGAUGAUGACUUUGCGGAAAGAAAUCGAUCACUACCACGAGAAAACGGAUUCACAAGGAUCAAGUGACACCAACUCGGAUUCUGACAGUUUCUAUGGCUCAAUAGAACUGCCAGUGGCGAUCAAAUACGUUCCAGGGCAAACGACUUCUGGAGAUUAUGAUGAUGAGGAGGACUAUCUGAAGCCAGAUGAUUUUCUACCGCAGCAGCAAGAGCCUCCAGAAUAUCCAGAGAAUCGCAAGCCAUCGCUGCCACCCCUGCCUCCUCCUAACAAACCAAAAUUUAUACAAAACCAAAAUUUGGCAGUCUCUCCGCCCCCAAGACCUGAGAAGUUCAAACCACCAUCUCUUGCAAGUCACUGGUCUGCCCCACCUCCUGGGUACCUGAAGGCCUUGCCCAGUGCAAAGGAACUGCAGCAGAAGCCAAAAGUAAUUCCAAGUUGUCCUAACUUUAGUGCCAAAAGCCCGAACCUUCUCAUAGACGAAUUAAUUACGCAGAAUCAACAUCGAAGAAUGUCUGAAGCAGAGGCGCCUCCGUUGCCGUUGAACAAGCCCAAAUUCAAAGUGAAUUCCCCCCCAUAUGAAAUUGCCAAACCCACGUUAUACAAACCUGACAUAUUGCCCAAACCAGGUGCCACCUCGCCAAAGCCACCGCCUCUCGCCAGCAAGCCUAAAGCAAGGAAGCCCAGCAACGUGUCGCUGGUGACUCUUCAGCGAAUAUCUCCAGAAGGACAAAGUUUCCGCUUGCCUGAAAUUGAAAAACCCAAAACUUGGCAGUCAACGCAAGAGUCAAGUCACUCACCGGAUGAUGAUGAUGACGAUUAUGAAAAUGUGCAACUGCCUUCCUCGGUAUUUAUCAACACAACUGAAUCCAGUGAUGUCGAAAGGUUAUUCAAGUCUGGGAGUCCUGCUCAUAAACCAUUGAAUGGAUUAUACGGCAUACGGAAUUCCUCUUCAAGGACUGGUCAGGUUUUAGUUGUAUGGGACGAGUCAGAGAAAAAAGUGAGAAAUUAUAGAAUUUUUGCAACGGACUCCAAGUUCUUUCUUGAGAGUGACACCAAGUUCACCAGUCUCGCAAACAUGAUUGAUUUUUACUACCACAAUUUGCUACCAUCCCAUACUUCUCUAAGGCUCCGUGAGCCUUACGGCUAUAAAAACCUACUAUGAUACCAACUUUAAAAUAUUGACUGGAAGCUUUUAAUGCCAAACAAACUGAAAAUGGUUCACUGACAACAUGAAAAUAUAUGAUGACUUGAAAUAUAUAUAUAUAUAUAAUGUGCUAUAUUUAUAUUUAAAACUACAUCUUCAGAAGUUCGAAGAGAGUUUAAACAAUACUGUCUUGGAAAAGGACAAGAAAACAAGAGCUAAUGUGAGCUUGUGUCAAACGUUAAUUAUGAAAAAUAUAGUGUCUCACUUAAGGUAAGCCUUUGCUUAAACAAACUCACCCUUCACACUGACCCUGCCUAUUCUUGCAUAAUGAUGGAAAUAACUAUGGAACUAUUCCACCCAUCGUGAUCUGGAUCUGGUGUUAACUUUUUCAGAUGAGAUUCUAAAUACUUAACCAAAUCAUUUUAGUCUCAGUUUACAGAAACAGAAGUUUUUCCACAAAGCAUGGGUGUGCACCACAGAAUUUACCCACGGUAUCAAACUCAACUCUACAAUUUUUCUUAGGUCAAAUGAGUGUCUGGCACAUGCAGAAACCCCUUACCAGGUGUCAAGAACUAGAAAAAAGUGAAAAUGGUACAGAUUAGAAGCUUUAGCCCUUGUGUUGCCGGUGUGGAAUGUAUGCAUGGGUAACCUGUGUGUUCUGCAGUUCAGAGUACUGUUCGUGUGAGAGUAGCCUCGCUGCGGUCUGGGAUAUUACAGCUCUUUCAAUUUGAAGAAUUCUCCACCCCCUUCUCCCCCCACCCCCCAACCCACUAGU